CAAAACCCUAAAUACAGCUAAACUAGGCGGCAAUUCUCUUAUAAAUUCCCUCCAAACCCCAUUCCUUUACGCCUCUUUCGUUAACUCUCUCUAAAACCCUUUCUCUCUCCAACGCUCACGCUUAAUCACUUAUUCUUCUUCCAUGGAGUUCUGGGGUGUUGAAGUUAAGGCCGGACAGCCACUUAAAGUAAAACCAACUUUUGACAAUAUCAUCCACCUCUCACAGGGUUCCCUUGGUGAGUCUAAGAAGGAUAAAGGACAUGAAUCUGUGCCCCUCUUUGUAAAAUUUGGAGACCAGAAGCUUGUCCUUGGAACUCUUAUUUCUGAUACUAUACCACAACUAUCUUUUGAUCUAGUAUUUGAGAAAGAGUUUGAGCUUUCUCACAACUGGAAGAAUGGGAGUGUCUACUUUUGUGGUUACCAAACUCCCUUGCCACAAGAUAGUUCUGAUGAGUUUGAUAUGGAUGGAUCAGAUGAGGAUGAGGAAGAGGAUAUUCCAAUGAUUGCUGCUGAGAAUGGAAAAGGUGGACUAAAAGUUGAGAAAGCAAAAGCUCCUGUAAAGGCCAAUGCUGGAAAGCCUGAGAUUUCUGUAAAGCCAAGCAAGGCAACAAUCAAACCUGAGGAGAAUGAUGACAGUGAUUCAGAUGAUUCAAUGGAUGAUGGGGUGGAAGUUGAUUCUGAUGAGAUAUCUGAUGACGAAGAAGGUUCUGAUGAAGAUGAGGACGAUUCAGAAGAUGAAGACUCUGAUGAAGAUGAAGAGACACCUAAGAAGGCUGUAGCUGGGAAGAAGAGACCAACGGAAUCAGCUACAAAAACUCCUGUUCCUGCUAAGAAGGCAAAGGCUCCAGCUACUCCUCAGACUGAUGGAAAGAAGGGAGUCCAUGUUGCAACUCCUCACCCAUCAAAGCAGGCUGGCAAAACACCUAAUGACAAAACUCCCAAAUCUGGUGGUGGCCAAUUUUCUUGCAAAUCGUGUAGCAAGUCAUUUGGGUCGGAUGGUGCUCUACAAUCUCACAAUAAGGCAAAGCACAGUACUAGCAAAUAGAUGGAGUAGUAGUGUCAUAACGUGCUUUGCUGAUGGCUGUGGCAUGUUUAUUUUUGUGUGGAAAUACCCUCCACCCCGAGAGCUGUGUUUUUGGUAGGUUUUGGCAAAAGUGAAGGAGAGAGCUUAUCUUAGUAGUACUUCUGUGAUGGCUAUUAAUAGGUGUUUUACUUCCGGAGAGUUUAUAUUUAUUAAAACUUGCUUUCUGAUGCCUUUAAAUUAAAUGUUCCUAAUUGUGAUGCUGUUUUGUCGAUAUGGUUUGUUGUCUUUUGACCAUUCAUUUUCUGAUCA